CCGGGGCCAUGGGCUCGUCGGCGGCCGCGGCGGCGGCGGCGGCGGCGGCCGCGGACUCGGCGCAGUGGCUCUCGGUGAAGGAAGAGACCAUCUUUCUGCAUGACGGGCUGAUCCGGGUCACCGACCUGGCCGAGCUGCCCAGCGAGAUCCUCGGGGCCCCGGAGGCCGCCGACACCGACCUGGAGAUUUUAACUUUUGAGACCAAGAACCCAACGGAAUUAGCAGAACGCUUGCGCUCUGUUUGUGGGAAUCAGAGCAAUGCCUAUGCCCGCUUGCUUGAAUACCGCCUGAAUGCCUUGCGAGGACUGUGGAAUGCCCAGCGCCAGCUGGCCUUGGAAGAGCAGCAUGAAAGGGAAAGUUCAGGUGACGAAGAAACUCUGGCUCUGCUCAAACGCCAGGGCUUGUUGCAGCAGCCUGAGCAAGCUCCCUUCACCUCGCGGAUGGGGCUCCUGCUGGUCUUCCCUCUUAUUCAGUCCCAGAGUAGAACAGACCCCUCUCUCUGUAAUAUAACUGCUGAGGUGCUAUUGAACUGCCUUCGCGACUGCCAGCCCUUGAGCUUGACCAAGGAGCCUGCUGACUGUCUCAAUGGAAUUGAAACUUUGCUGUGCUCUUGGCUGGAGGAGACUUCUGACACAGGCCGAUACAUCCCGCAUAAGCAAAAAGAAAAUGCUGCUGCCGCCCUGGUGGCUUUGGCAUGUGCCAGGGGAUCAUUGAAAACUUUUGUUCACACAGUGCAUCUGUUACAGAAACAGAGUGAUCUAGGGUCCCUGCCUGUAGCUGAUGUACUAUAUAGGCUGCUGCUUUUGGAAGGAGGACCUGGAUCACCUUCCUGUUUGCUUGGGGGCAAACACAUAGUAUCAUGGGGGUAUGAAGAUAUGUUACCAGCGCCGGAUAGCAACACUGGCUCCAGUUCUGAAAAUAAAGACGCUGACCUGGGACGCUGUCUCACAGCAGACGGCCUUUACCUGUAUACGACUAACUCAGUUGGAAGAGGAGUGAGCAAAUUGGGGUCUGGAUUACACGGUACUCUCAGAGGAUUUGUGUACUGCCGGAACGAGGAGCUGGAGCCAGGAUGGGUUGCUUUUGGCAGCGGGAGCCUUCUCCACAGGCCUGUGUCAUUUGAUAAUAAGCCUCACUCCCUUUUCCAGGUCAUCGACCAGAAUACUCUGCAGGUGUGUCAGAUGGUGCCAAUGCCAACCAAUCACCUCCCUGUCGGCAGCACUAUGAGCACUGUGCACCUUUCUUCAGAUGGCACUUACUUCUAUUGGAUCUGGUCUCCUGCCAGUCUGAAUGAGAAGACACCCAAGGGACAUUCUGUCUUCAUGGACAUCUUUGAACUUGUGAUCGAAAAUGGCAUAUUUGUAGCCAACCCUCUUCAGGAACGCACAAUUCUAAUGAGAAAAGAGGGAGAGUCUGCAAAGAGCAUUAAUGAGAUGCUUCUGAGCAGACUUUCACGGUACCGAGCUUCCCCUUCGGCCACGUUGGCUGCACUGACUGGCUCCACCAUCUCCAACACUCUGAAAGAGGAUCAAGCAGCAAACACUAGCUGUGGGUUACCUCUAAAAAUGCUACGGAAGACGCCCAUCUAUACCUGCGGCACAUACUUAGUGAUGCUGGUCCCACCUCCAGGAGGGUCAGGCAGCUCUGCCACCCGCUCUCUUUUUGGUGGAACAAGUGGUUUGUCAUCUUUAAAAAUCCUAGCCUCUAGCUUGGUGUAUAAUAUUUCCGACGGGCAGUUCACAAGUCGUGCGGAUCUCAUUGAUGCUGCCGGAAGCUCCCUGGGACGUGGUGCUCUUGUACCAGGAUUGGGUGCCUGUUACGAUACAGUGAACAACAUGUUGUGGACAUGCUCGAAUGACUAUAUCGAUCAGUGGUGUAAUCCUGGGAAUCAAGCCUUCCAUUAUGUCUGCCAGAGACUGGGAGUCAGCCACAUCAUCACUGAGCCCAAAGAAGAGGCUAUAACCACGAGUGAGGUUAUAAACCAGUUAUUGCACCAUGUUGGUGCGAUGUGCAUACACCAACUCAAUCUUCUUGCUACCAACCCCAACCUUCCAAUCACAAGUGUCUUGGGCAAGCAGCAUCCGAUUGAAGCGCACCAUCUUAGCAGUAUCUGUGACAUCAUGGAAAAGGCCAUGGUUAAUGGAGAUACCUGUAUUAUACGCUGCAUUCUUGUGGUCUUUCAGGUGGUAUUUAAAUUUUUCUUCAGCCCACAAACUGAAAGGAAUCGAGACAUCAUUCGACGGUCAGGAUUGCUUCUUUGGCAGUUGUUGAUGGCACCAAAAGAUCAAAUUUGCCCUGAAAUUCAGAAGGAAGUCUGCCUUGCCAUCAGCUCUGGUUUAAAUAUCUUGUACCCAGGUGAAACGGAAAUCAAUAACUUACUUAAGCUUGUCUUAACAGAAGGAGAGAGAAACAGUGGCCUCUCCCAGCUGCGCGAUGUGAUCCUAACCAAUCUAGCAGAACAGCUCCAGAACAACAGAUUUGGCAGUGACGAGGAUGACCAUUACAGACUAAAUGAUGAACUUUUACACUACAUUCUGAAGAUCGUUGUUCGAGAAUCCUGUAUCUUAAUCACCAAGUGCCAGACUGUCUCUAAAGAUGAUUUUCAAAAGCUCCUCUCAACUGUGCCUGCUGCAUCCUCCUGCCUGCGCUAUCUGAUGGCAGUUCAGAACCACCUUCUCAGUAACACUAUUUUGAUUAAACCUGAUGAGAGCGAUGACAGUGACAACUCCUUGCAGGGAGAGACAUUGAAGGUACAGGAGCUGAAGGUCAGUAUUUUGGCUCUUGCCACCCAAAUUCUGACUGGGUGUGAUGAAGUGCUGGAAAUGCUACAGCAGGUCACAACUGCCCUCAUCAAUAGCGACAUAGUGGACCGCGAGCAGAGGUUAAAAGGCUUGGAGCAAGUUACUAAGGCUACUAUGCUGGGCCACCUUCUUCCAGUGUUACUGACCUCCCUGAUGCAUCCAAACUUGCAGACUCUGACCAUGGCCGAUGCCCUGAUGCCUCAGCUAGUGCAGCUGGUGCUCUAUACCAGUCAGACGGCUUUGCUGCUUAAAACCCAGUCUCCAGUUUUUGCCGAGGUGGGCUGUUCCCCAUGUGGCGCAUCCGACCAGAAGGGCAGGCUGCUCCCCGAUGAGAGAAUGCUAGAAGAGAAAGAAGAGCCAGGCUUUCUCACCGGCUUAAAGAUUCCUGCCCCAUGGGCGGCUGGGAAGACUGUGGAAACAGUGCACCCCGUCAGAGACAACUAUAAGUUUAAGGAAACCGUCCACAUCCCCGGAGCUCGCUGCCUGUAUCUUAGAUUUGAUAGCAGAUGUUCUUCACAAUACGACUAUGACAAAUCUAACAGUAUAUUUUCUGUUUUGAAGUUGGUGAUAUACGCGGGGCCUAACACAAACAGUAGGAAGGUUGCUGAAUAUGGAGGCAAUGCACUGGGAUAUGGCAGCCGUAGUGUCUUAGGAACUGGCUGGCCGAAAGACUUGGUGAAGGUGGAAGGAGAUACAGUUACCUUCUCCUUUGAAAUGAGAAGUGGCCGUGAACACAACACUCCUGAUAAAGCCAUGUGGGGCUUUGCUUGCACAGUUCGCGCUCAGGAAUCUUCGGAGGAUGUCUCAGGAGGCUUGCCCUUUCUGGUAGACCUGGCUCUAGGCCUGUCUGUAUUAGCGUGUUCCAUGUUAAGAAUCCUAUACAAUGGACCAGAAAUUACCAAAGAAGAAGAAGCCUGUCAGGAGUUACUGCGGUCCAAACUUUUACAAAGGUGCCAGUGGCAAGUGGAGGCCAAUGGAGUGAUCUCCCCUGCCCUUACGCCCAGCCCCUCGCCACUGCCUCUGACCAUAGAGGAAGACAGAGAAUUCACCUACCCUUCUGACGUCCUCGUCCCUCCUGUGGGAAACUAUUUUGACCUGCCCCGGAUCAGGCUGCCUCCAGGAAUCAUGAUAAAGCUCAGGGAAAUUUCUGGGCGUGCUAGACCUCAAUUUAGACCAAGUAUAAAGGAAGUGAUUCAGCCAGACGUGAUGGAGGAAAUGGUAGUAUCAUGUGUUAUUAAGCACUUGAACUUGGUUGAUGCAUUGCAGUCCCUAAUAAAUUUCCAGUAUCAAGAAGAACAUGCCGAGGAAUAUGAUUUAUUAUGUAAAAUUAUGGGAGAGACCUUUAAGAAACUCAAUGCCAUGGAGAGACAGCUACAGAGUGUUGCAGAAUUGGAACAGAAGUGGCAAAGUGAGGUUGAUGAUGCCAUCCAGGGGAAACUGGAGAACAACAUGCCUUUCUUUUAUGAUUACCAUUUUAAUGAGAACAAAAUGAAAGAACUAGAACUUUUGUGUUCAAUGAAGGAAGUCUCCUUUGAUGGAAAUGAUCUUGAAAACAUGGUCCUAUCACUGAGGGAGAAGUUCCUCCAUGAAGUGAAUUCUCUUAUUCAGAAACCCUCACACCCACUGGCUAAAACGAAGGCGUUAGUGAAGAGUCUCAUGAAUCGAGCCGAGCUGUUGCUGCAUGUCACCAUCGCGGCCCAGUCGGGCCUCACGAGAAGCAUCUCCGGGACGCCUGCGGAAACCCCAGCUUGUAAGUCAGCCUCCGAAACAAAGGUGAUCCCUCAUGCUGCCCGGCAGCCUCUUUUCCUUCGCAGCGUGUCGGCCCCUUCUGACCUGGAAAUGAUUGGUAGUGAAGACUUGGAAUUUACUAGAGCCAACCAGAGGCGGCGCCAUGUGACCAGCCACCGCAGUAGUUCCUUCACACUCCUGCAGUCGUUGGCCAUUGAGGACAGCAGGGACAAGCCCACCUACAGCGUCCUGCUGGGCCAGCUGUUUGCUUUCAUUGGCACCAACCCCGACCAAGCCGUGUCCAGCAGCAGCUUUCUUUUAGCAGCGCAGACAAGGUGGCGGCGAGGAAACACUCGAAAGCAGGCCCUGGUGCACAUGCGGGAAUUGCUGACAGCUGCCGUGCGCGUUGGGGGGGUGACACAUCUUGUAGGCCCGGUGACGAUGGUCCUUCAGGGAGGACCCAGAAUCGAAGAACUUACCUGCGGUGGGAUGGUUGAGCAGGUCCAGGAAGCCUUUGGAGAGACCAUGACCUCCGUAGUGUCUUUGUGCGCUCGUUACCCUAUUGCGUGUGCAAAUAGCAUCGGGCUUUUAUGUACCAUACCUUAUACCAGGAGUGAAGAGAAGUGUCUGGUCCGCAGUGGCCUUGUCCAGCUCAUGGAUCGACUGUGUAGCUUGAGCAGUCAGACUGAGUCCAGCUCCAGUGAGAAACAAACCAAGAAGCAGAAGGUGGCCACCAUGGCCUGGGCAGCUUUCCAGGUGCUCGCCAACCGCUGUGUGGAGUGGGAAAAAGAAGAGGGCGGUUCCACAGAGGCCGUGCACUCUGGCCUGGCUCGUCAGGUGUCCAGCCUGCUUACUAACCACCUUGCCCGAGCCACCGAGUGCUGUGGCAACCAGGCUGCUGGGAAUGACGCCCUCCAGGAUGUCCUUAGUCUUCUCAACGAUCUCUCUAGGAGUCACAUCGGUAAAGCCAUCCUGAGCCAGCCAGCGUGUGUGUCCAAGCUCCUCUCCCUGCUGCUUGACCAACGCCCGUCCCCAAAGCUGGUCCUCAUCAUUCUUCAGCUGUGCCGGGCGGCACUGCCACUGAUGAGCGUGGAGGACUGUGGGAAUGUGGAGCUCCCGCCAUGGAGCUACUCCGUUCCCUCUUUAAACAGUGAACAGGAGGAUCCCAGCGACCCAGCUUCCAAGAUCGCAUCACUGCUGUUGGCAAAGCUGGCAGACUACGUGGUCCCAGGAUGUCAAACAGUUCUUUCUCCUACCGCUUCUGAACCCGACACCACAUUAACAAAAACCAGUCCCAAGAGUUCCUUAAAAGGAGAUAAAGAUCCUGGAGAAGAGAGUGAAGCAGUGGAUGGCAAGCUCUCUAUAUUUAUCCACAAGCGGGAAGACCAGUCGUCCCAUGAAGUUCUUCAGCCAUUACUAAGUAGCUCAGAAGGACGGCCUUUCCGGCUUGGUACUGGCGCCAACAUGGAGAAAGUUGUGAAAAUGGAUCGCGACAUGACCAAGGGUGGCUGUUGCGAAGUGAUUACAGAAGAAGCAGUAGCUGCUCUUCGGAAGGCAACCAAGUGGGCACAGUCAGGCCUCAUUGUCAGUGUUGGGCCACCUGUAGAGUCAGUCAACCCAGAGACUGUGAGUGGACUGUCCACAGGGGACAAGAAGAAGACCGCCCAAACCUCCAUUUGCCGUGAGAGGAACUCUGAGCUUGCAAGGACUGAUCCCGUGCGACCGUUCAUCAGUGGGCACGUGGCUAACAGCAUGGCUGCCGAAGUGAUUGCCUUGCUUCACAGUUUGUUGAUGGCUCCUGAGUCAAAUGCCGCCCAAAUAUGGACCACGACUGCAGAAAAGGUUCUGUCUCGUGCGCUGAUGUACAUCCCACAACUGGGGAAGUAUGCAGAAAGCAUUCUGGAAAAUGGCAGCAGCAGUGGCCGGAAGCUCGCCAAACUGCAGAGAAUUGCCCGACAGGCCGUAGCUGCACUGUGUGCACUUGGAGGCUUCAAAGAGACAAUCAAGAUAGGGUCUGAGGUUCAGGUUUUAGGUAGAGGAAUAUCAGCAAGUGUCGGAGUAGUGGCUUCCAUCAACGAACAGGAAGGUAUAGCUACGGUCAGAUUCCCACCCAUAGACUGUAGAAAGACUUCGCAAGCAUCAGACACAUUGACUAUUCCAUUGUCUAGACUUUGUGUUCCAAGAUCAGAGGCACUGCCUCUUCAUAAACUGUCCAUUACUGAGAAGGUAGUACAGGCAGUCCAGUCCAUGUUGCUUCCUCAGGAGGGGAGUCUCUCUAUUCAUACCUCACUUCCUGCAACAGGAGACGGGUCAGCUCCUGUGAUGGCAGUCGUUCGGCUCCUGGCUGAGAUAAGAACAAGAGCAUGCCUGGUCAUGGCCCAGCUUCUAGAAGACAGCUUAUUUUGUGAAGAAUUCAUACAACAGUGUCCAGCAGCUGUUGAAGUUCUUAACCUGGUAGCCCAGGAAUGCAGUGCUGGAGAGCGACUUGCGGUUGUGGAGGUGCAGUGUGAACGGCUGAGGAUGCUCUACCGGGACUGCGCUCGGCCCCCACCGCCCCCGCUGCAGGCCGACCGGAGACAGCCCAAAGAGAUUACGUGGAGCCCCUCGCGAGUGUUUCCACCUGUUCGAGCCUGCAUGUUCUCAUCUCACCUCACUUCGGUCACCUUUCUGGCUGACCCCAGUGCUGGGGGAGGCCUGCCCCGGGGCACUUUUAUCUAUGCCACCUCACCACUGCCAGUUCAGGCUCCAUCUUUUUACUGGGAAAUUGAAAUUGUUUCCUAUGGAGAUACUGAUGACGACACUGGACCAAUCGUUUCCUUUGGCUUUGCUACGGAAGCAGAGAAGCGAGAUGGGGCUUGGACUAAUCCAGUGGGCACUUGUCUUUUCCAUAACAAUGGCCGAGCUGUACACUACAAUGGCUCCAGUUUAUUACAGUGGAAGAGUGUUCGUUUAGAUGUGACUCUCUCUCCUGGUGAUGUGGCGGGAAUUGGCUGGGAGAGGACCGAGGGGACUCCACCUCCUCCUGGGCAGCCUGCCAAGGGCCGCGUGUACUUCACCUACUGCGGGCAUCGCCUCUCUCCCUAUCUUGAAGAUGUCUCUGGUGGGAUGUGGCCUGUGGUUCACAUUCAGAAAAAGAACACCAAAACUCGGGCUAACUUUGGCUCCCGCCCAUUUGCCUAUGCGGAAGGGCAGGCCCACCGCAAUGCUGCUGACCUGUGCACCGACCUGGCAGAAGAGAUCAGUGCUAACUUCGAGGCCCUGCCCUUUGCCAUGGCAUCUGACAGUGACAAUGAUGCUGGCACCAGUAUUGCGUCAGACCCAGGCACUCAUGGGCCUCCGUGCCGGAUCGCUGCUGUGGCCACUGCUCAGCAGCAGUAUGACAGUGACACUUCCUGCCAUUAUAAAGUAGAGCUCAGCUAUGAAAACUUCAUCACCUCUGGCCCAGACCCACACCCACCUCCCAUUGCAGAUGACGAAAGUGAUGAUGAUGACGAUGAUGACAUCCCACAGGAGGACCACUAUGCCCUGCUGGUGAAAGCAUGGGAGACCAAAGUUUUUCCUACGAUCCGAAGACGCUUCCGCAAUGAAGCUGAGCGGAAGUCGGGCCUGGACCAGAUCAAGGGUGCUUUACAACUAGGCAUGGUGGAUAUUGCCAGGCAGACGGUUGAAUUUCUCUAUGAGGAAAAUGGUGGCAUCCCAAGAGACCUUUAUCUUCCCACCAUUGAAGACAUCAAAGAUGAAGCAAACAAGUUCACAAUUGAUAAAGUUCGAAAAGGUCUCACGGUGGUAACCCGCUCUCCAGACAGCAAUAAUGUAGCCAGCACUACAGUUGGAACUGCUCUGCCAAAAUUUGCCAUCCGAGGGAUGCUGAAAACCUUUGGGCUUCAUGGAGUUGUCUUAGAUGUUGAUUCAGUAAAUGAAUUGGUGCAGGUGGAAACGUACCUCCGAAGUGAAGGUGUGCUGGUCCGAUACUGGUAUCCUAUUGAUAUGCUGGAAAGGCCCCCAGCCGGCUACCGGAGGACUGCCACCAACGGGCUGGUCACACUGGACAAUACCAACCUUCAAAUUCACAGAGAGCUGCUCCGAUGCGAGGCUGCACUGGCUAGGCUCUACUGCCGCAUGGCCCUGCUCAACAUCUUCGCUCCCAAGCUGCCUCACUUGUUUACCCGCCUCUUCCACAUCCCUGCCAUCAGAGACAUUACCCUGGAGCACCUGCAGCUGCUGUCCAAUCAGCUCCUCGCUCCUCCCCUCCCAGACGGCACCAUCAGCUCCAGCUCGAUCCUCCUGGCGCAGUCUUUGCAGCACUGCAUCCGCUCCCAGAACUGCUCAGCCACAGACCUCUUUUACCAGGGCAACUCCCAGACGGUGCGGGAGUGGCUCAGCGUGGCCAUCACGCGCACCCUGCACCAGGGCGAGGAGAGCCUGCUGGAGCUGACCAGGCAGAUCUGCUCUUUCCUGCAGACAGCACCGGAGCAGUUCCCCUCUGAAGAAUUCCCAAUUUCUGAGUCCAAAGUUAAUAUGGACGUUAAUUUCCCUGGGGCAGCUUUUGUCGUCGUGUCUUGUAAAGAAAGUCAGUCUGGAUUCCGCAAAGACUCCUCCCUGUACAAGGCGCCCUGGGCACGGGUGCUCGUGUACGGCCUGGGCCACAAAGUGAAGCGCAAUGGCCAGCUGAACCUCAUCGAGGCCGUCUGCUACCCGCGGGAUGCAUCUCCAGCCAACACCGGGCUCACGCCUCCUCCCACCACGAACCAGUACCCUUCUGUGAUCCUCUCCACAGACAAGGUCCACAUCAAACUGGGGGUGUCUCCGCCUCCCGGAGCUGUGCUGGUAUUGCAUUCUCUGCCCCUGGAGUUCCCACUGGCCAUGGCCUUUGCAGAGCAGCUGCUGUCCUGGCGAUCAGAGGAUGGCGAAGGGAAGUGUGAAGAUGAACCUGACACCAUUCCGACAUCCGUUCUCCUGCAAGUAGUAGAGCUACUAGGAAACUUCCUGUGGACCACAGACAUGGCGGCCUGCGUGAAGGAGCAAGUGUUCCAUCUCCUGGCAGAGCUGCUGCGCACCGUGCAUGCCCUAGAGCAGAGGAAGCACCCCGCUGGCCUGUCCUCCUCCAUCGCCCUCCAGCUGAACCCCUGCCUGGCCAUGCUGAUGGCCCUGCAGUCAGAGCUCCACAAGCUGUACGACGAGGAGACACAGAGCUGGGUCUCAGGCAGCACCUGCGGGGCCUCUGGGGCAGUGGUGGCUGCCGACCAGGGCAGGUUCUCCACGUAUUUCCACGCACUGAUGGAAGGCUGCCUGGCAGUCGCCGAAGUGACCCUGCCAACCAACAUGAGUGUCACAGCCAGUGGGGUGACCUCAACGACCACCCCAAACCUCAGUGACUCAUCUUCCUCCUCAUCAUCCUCUCCAGGACAGACGCCCCAGAGCCCCAGCCUCUUGUCCAAAAGAAAAAAAGUCAAGAUGAAACGGGAAAAGGCAUCAUCAUCCGGGAAACGCUCGUCCUCCCACUCGAUGGAAUCCGACCCCACCCUGCUCAGCAUCGGGGGCAGCAAGCCUGAGGACAUGCUGUGGUUCCACCGAGCGCUGACCUUGCUCAUCAUCCUCCGGCACCUCACCAAGAAGGACCCGCAGGGGCUGGGCGUGACCAGCGACGCCAUUGCCGACGCCUGCCAGGCCCUGGUGGGCCCCACUGCCCACAGCCGCUUGCUGGUGAUCUCCGGAAUCCCCACCCACCUGGACGAGGGCAUCGUCAGAGGGGCCAUCCGCAAGGCCUGCAAUGCCCACGGUGGGGUCUUCAAAGAUGAGAUCUACAUUCCCCUGCAGGAAGAAGACCCCAAGAAGCCAAAAGACAAGGCAGAGGGCGGUGACAGGAAAGCUGAGCCGGAGAAGACACUCGGCUUCCCUGGCACAGACAGUCUGGAGGUCAGCACAUCCAGCAGCCUGACCCCCGCCAUGAGCAUCAGCGCAUCCGCCUCCACCAGCCAGGCCUCCAUUUGCAGCUCCCAGGGCAUCUCGCAGACGGUCGGCGACCUCUCUGUGGACCCACUGCCCUCGGGCCUCGAGCUGCCUAUCCCGCCUGGCCUGGUGGAGCCCCACGUGGUAUCCAGCCAGGAGAGCCUGGACAUUUCCCUGUGCAGCACCGGCAGCCUUGGAAGCCUAGGGAGCCUGGGGGAGCCACUGGACAACGCAGAGACAGCCUCGGUGUCGGACGUGGGCUCCAUGUAUGCAGUCACAUCCCUGGACAACCAGCCUCUCACGGCUCGCCCCAUCAAAGGCUUCGCAGUCGUGGAGAUAAGAUCCCGAGCCAAAAUCGAGAAAAUUCGAGCAAGUUUGUUUAACAAUAAUGACUUGAUUGGUUUGUCAAGUUUGGAUGGUGAAGACGAAUUGAUGGAAAUGUCGACAGAAGAGAUUUUAACUGUAUCUGUGGUCAAUCAAAGUCUGUUUGAUACGCAAGGAAGCCCAGGGUUAGAAGAUUAUUUCAAUGAUAAGUCAAUUAAAGGUGAGAAGCUGGUACCCGGGGCCAGAGAGGUUCUGACGGAGAUAUUUAAGAGCUGUGCCCACUCCGAGCCGAUGACGAGCCUGACGCCAGCUAAGCCCGUCAAAGUCUCUGACAUUUACCUUAGCAAAGAGCAGAUCAACUCCCAGACGCCAGGGAACCUCCUGCACAUCUUCUUCACCAAUGUCCGGCCUCCCAAAAAGGUGCUGGAGGACCAGCUCACCCAGAUCCUGAGGAAAUACGGCGUGCCCAAGCCCAAGUUUGACAAGAGCAAGUACAGCAAGGCCGGGAAGGAGCAGCACCCCGUGAAGGUGGUGAGCACCAAGCGGCCCAUCUCCAAGCCACCGGCCAAGGACAAGGCCGUGCUCAACAGUGUCAGCAGGACCGCCUUAAGUGAGAAGAAGCCAACUGUGAAGCCCAAGUCUCCGGAAAAGAGCAAGCCAGAUGAAAAGGACCCAGAAAAGUCACCCACUAAAAAGCAAGAAGUCCCUGAGGAAAAGUACCUGACCUUGGAAGGAUUUCACAAGUUUGUUAUUGACCGAGCCAAGCAAGACAUCCGUAGCGUCUGGAGGGCGAUUUUAUCCUGUGGUUAUGAUCUUCAUUUUGAGAGGUGUGCCUGCAUCGACGUCCGACAUGCUCAGAAGGCCUCCAGGAAGUGGACCCUGGAGAUGGACGUGGCGCUCGUGCAGUAUAUCAAUAGGUUGUGCCGCCACCUCGCCAUCACACCCGCACGGCUCCAUCCCCAUGAGGUGUACCUGGACCCUGCAGACAGUGCGGACCCCAGAGUGGCCUGUCUCUCAAACGUGCCCAUCGAGAGCCUGCGCCUGCGCUUCGCCCUGCUCCAGUCCCUGAACACCACGCUGGAGACCUUCUUCCUGCCCCUGGUGGAGCUGCGCCAGACGCCCAUGUACACCCACAGCAUCGCGGCCCUGCUGAAGGAGGCCAAAGGGCUGAUCUUUUAUGACACAAAGGUGACCGUGAUGAAUCGGGUGCUGAACGCCACCGUGCAGAGAACAGCUGACCACGCGGCUCCCGAAAUCACCUUGGACCCCCUGGAAAUUGUGGGAGGGGAAAUUCGAGCAUCUGAAAACUCCUAUUUCUGCCAAGCUGCCAGGCAGCUGGCCUCGGUGCCGUCCUCUCAGCUUUGCGUCAAACUGGCUAGCGGCGGCGACCCCACAUACGCCUUCAACAUCCGUUUCACUGGGGAAGAGGUCCACGGCACCAGUGGUUCUUUCCGCCACUUCCUGUGGCAGGUGUGCAAAGAGCUACAGAGCUCUGCGCUGUCCCUGCUCCUGCUGUGCCCCAGCUCGGCCGUCAGUAAGAACAAGGGCAAGUACAUCCUGACGCCAAGCCCCAUCACCUACGGGGAGGAGCAGCUGCUGCACUUCCUGGGGCAGCUGCUGGGUAUUGCCAUUCGGGCCGAUGUCCCUCUUCCCCUGGACCUCCUACCCUCCUUCUGGAAGACACUGGUCGGGGAGCCUCUGGACCCUGACCUAGACCUGAAGGAAGCAGACAUACUCACCUACAACUACGUCAAGAAAUUCGAGAGUAUCAACGAUGAGACAGAGCUGGAAGCCCUGUGCGCCGAGAUCGCCUCCCAGCACCUCGCCUCUGAGAGCCCCGACGGCCCCAACAGGCCCUGCUGCAGGUUCACCUACCUGACUAUGACGGGCGAGGAGGUGGAGCUGUGCAGCCACGGCCGGCACAUUCCCGUGGCGUGGGAGAACAAGGACACGUACGCAGCGGCCAUCCGGAGCCUGCGGCUGCAAGAACUGCAGAACGUGGAGUGUGUGACGGCUGUGCGCGCCGGCCUGGGCGCCAUCAUCCCCCUGCAGCUGCUCACCACACUGAGCCCGCUGGAGAUGGAGCUGCGCACCUGCGGCCUCCCUUACAUCAACCUCGAGUUCCUCAAGGCCCACACCAUGUACCAGGUGGGGCUAAUGGAGACGGACCAGCACAUCGAAUUCUUCUGGGGGGCCCUGGAGAUGUUCGCCCAGGAGGAACUGUGCAAGUUCAUCAAGUUCGCCUGCAAUCAGGAGCGUAUCCCGUUCACCUGCCCCUGCAAAGAUGGGGGCCCCGACACGGCCCACGUGCCCCCUUACCCCAUGAAGAUUGCCCCCCCAGAUGGCACAGCAGGUUCCCCGGACUCUCGCUACAUCCGAGUGGAGACCUGCAUGUUCAUGAUCAAACUUCCCCAGUACUCCUCCCUGGAAAUCAUGCUGGAGAAACUUCGUUGUGCCAUUCACUACCGCGAAGACCCCCUAAGUGGCUGAUGGGAGGAGCCCCGAGGCCGGGCGGCGGUCACCAAGGCACCAGCUACACAGCGUGGGGGAGCUGCCGUGGGCACAUCCCCCCGGGGCCCUGUGCGAGGAGUUGGAGACAUUUGCUUUUCUCAACUUUUGUCCACGUUCCAGGGCCUCCUGGAAGACUUAACCUUUGGUAUCCAUAUGUUUCGUGAUGGGUGGGUUCUUUUGCUGCCUGUUUGUGGUAUAUUUGUAGGAUAGUUUAGCUCCCAGUUUGCGUCUAAUUUGACCUUCCUGGACAGUCCCUCUUGGCCACUGGGUUCUCAUGCCGUCAGGGCCCAGAUGGUUCCUCGUCACAGAACCACAAAGCAGGAGGCUGGUGGUGAGGCAACCUCAGCCAGACAGAGCGCCAGGCUCUCUGCAGAGCGUCUCCACAAACCAGGCCGUGGCCGGCCCACCUGCCUCCAGCUGGAGUCUCUCCGUGAGGCUGGCUCCACAGGCAUCCUUCCAUCUGGAAACAGUUGCGCCAGUCACCCAGACACGAGACACACGUGGGGCUUUAUGUGUUAAAUCCUCCUGCUUCAGAGUGUUGUUCUGGUCUUCGUUGUUCUGAGAAGAAACCCACAGGGGCCCUGCCCCUCCCACCCACAGUCGCUCUGGCCUCUGGUCUGAAAGUUUUCCGCGGAGUGCUCGGCAGGAGCCGAAGGCCAGAGGGUUUGUUUGGGUACCUUGGUUGUUCGUGGAGCCCGCUGCAUGCAUCCCAACUCCUGGGGUUGAGAUGAAAGCUGGGACUCCUAGGGUUGGAGGGACAGCGCUCUAAUGGGGCUUUUUCCUCAAACCGAGCAGGAAAGCACAGGAUCCAGGCCGGUCCCACUUUUAUACUGGAAACGGGCCCUGCCUCACCACAGUGUCUGUGCCGUGGGGAGCAAGGAAAGGGUCACACCCCGUUGUAAAGAGCCUACUGUUCAAGUUGCUCUGCUCAGACCUCCAAGUCCAGGCGGAGACUCCAGGGGGCGCUUCUGCCCCUCCGGCCGGGCCCGCAGGUGCCAGGGGCUCUGCCCAGCCUCCCUGCCCGGCCCGGCAGCCCCUCCCUGCCCCAUGUCAGUGUGUGUGCCAGGGCUGAGCCGCCUCGAGCUCACCCCCUGCCCAGUGUAUCUGUGCCCCUGAUCGGUCUUGUCCAGUGGUACUUUGUUCAAGAGCAGCACAUGCCAUCUUGUUGGACGCUGUCAUUUGGGCCUCGCCAGCCUCAGUGAAUUGCAUUGCUGUAUCUAUUGUAUGAUAUUGUGAAUAGUGGAAGCUCUGAGUGCGUGCUUGCUAGACGGCUCUGGAGUGAGUGCUGGUGAGGGGGAGGAUGUGUGGCCCUGGCCUGUCAGGAGCCCCCUUCCCUCCCUGCUCUUAGGAAUUGCAUUAAGGACCAUGGUAGAGGGUCCCCCGACCUAAGAAGGAGAUCAGUCUAGGCUGAGUCGGUGCUGUUGCAUCAGCUCCUUUUUGAUGGAGGAGUCAUCUCUGGAGGUAAGUGCUGGAAGCAGUUCCCCUGCUUUGGAAGGAAGGUGGCCAGCCUGCUGCCUCCCGGGGCCAGAGCCCGCUCGAUGCGGGGCGGGAGGAACAUCAGGAUGUGUUCCUCACAACAAGGAUCCUUUUAUUUCAUUUCCGCAGAAUGGAAACAGCCUUUGGGUUUAUUAGAAGUGGCUUUUCCUCCCUUUAUCUUUAAAUUCUUGGUACCCUCCAGUCCUUCCCAUCCCUUGAACAGACUCGGAAAUCUGUCAGCUACCUCCCCAAGAGGGGUUUGGGAAGCUUCUGUUGGCCCAUCACUUGAUUAGGUGACAACUGUGAGUAAGGUAUCUGCUGCUAACAUGACUGCUUCUCCCAGAGAGCACAUUGAGGUCCAGACAGAUCCCGACCUUGGCCCUAAAACAUGUGUGCUGUAAAGUUACUUGAUGUAUAUUUAUUAUAAUUAUUUAUGGUUGCAUUUAACAAACUUUUCAUUCAAUUGAUGCCAUUUACACCAUUGCUGUGUAAAGGAAGCUCACUACAGGAAAACAGUCGCACCAAUAAAUAACCUUCACCUAAUUUUCAUUUACCUUCAGAGUUGUGUGAUCGUCUACUCUUGCUGAGCAAGUUCAAAGGCUGACACGCUUGGAUGGCUCUGAUACUUAAGUGCCGCCAAGUGGCUGGGAAUUAAAGUGUUUCUAAUUAGUAUGGUCUCUUUGCACUUGACAUGAUUCUAAUUCCAUUAUGCUUACAAACUACUCGUUCCCCCACCAUACCCGUUAAGGCUGUGCUUUUCAUUUAGAAAGUAGGACUGAAGGGAAGAAAACUCAAGGUCAAAGCUACACCUCAGCCGGCAUGUCCUGCCCAUCUGUGUGCUGGUGCCUGGUCUGCGCUCUGGCGCCACUGUAGGGGUUUUCCUCAAGUAGACGGCUGCACUGGGAGAGGCUGGGCCACUCUUAGGCCAGGUACCUCCUUCAGGGCAGGCACUGGAUUUGGAACUACUUUGUGCAAAAGGGAAAUACAGGUAAGGGACAAAGACUUGGCUCAGUCUUGCUUUCCAAGGUCAGUGUUUCUUGCACAGCUGCCACCCACCCUCAGGGGGCCCUGAGGUUACUCAGGAGAAUCCAACUCACGUCACCUUGACCAGCUUGUGACCUCCUGCUGCUCCAUGGAAGGAGCCCUGAUGGAGCAAUUGUUAAGCGCUCAGCUGCUAACCAAAAAAAAGGUCGGAGGUUUGAACCCACCAGUGGCUCUGCAGGAUUAAAAACCUGGCAAUCUACUCCCAUAAAGAUUACAGCCUUGGAAACCCUAUGGGGCAGUUCUACUCUAUCCUUUGGGGUCGCUAUGAGCCAGAAUCAAAUUGACAGCAAACAACUCUGCUCCAUGGACUUCUGCUCCCCAACUCUUGUAAUUCUCAUCAUCGUGCCUCCACAGUUCUUGUACUUAAAUAAAUGCUAACUUUCAGUGGAGGGUCCCAGGUAAGUCUGUAUUUAAGGAGAGCAAGGAUCCUCUCAGAUGAAGGACAACUUCUCUUCCUUCUCUCUGUGGCUUCAGGGUGCUGGAAGCAGAGAGCAAAAGCAGCCACUCACAGCAAAGAGAAGACUGCUGGUUAGACUUGAGAAGCUGGGGAACAGACAUCAAAGCUCUCUGCCCAGCCGAGCACAGCAAGGGUGCUCUUGCUGUCUACUGUGGAGGCCUUCUCCUGGGCCUGCCUCUUAAAAAACAACUAUGUUCAAAAAGUAUACCAUGCAGUAAUGAAAAGAUACUUAUCCUCAUUAGUCAUCAAGGAGGUGCAAAUUAAAAUCACAGUGAAAUAUGGUACACCACAACCCAGAAAGCUAGAAAGGCCAUACCAUGGCUAGGGAAGAUGUGGAGCAGGCAGACCCCUCACACAUCCUCCCACGCUGCUUGUGGGGAAUGUCAACUGCACUGACCUUGGAGAGCUGUCUGGUACUGUCUCCUACACACACCCCACGGCCCAGAAACGCCACUCUGAGGUGGAAACCCUACAGAAAUACAUACGCAUGUUCACCAAAAGACAUGUACAAGAAUGCAUGUUCAUAGCACUAUUAGUAAUAGCCAGACCAUAAACAUGCUGAAGGUCCAUCAACAGUAGACUCAAUAAAUUAUGAUACACAAUGGAAUACUACACAGGAAGGAAGAUGAACCAACUACUGCUACAUGCAGUCGUAAAUAGAACGGCCAGCAAAAUAAGGCAGACAUAAAAGAGUGCUUAAUGGUAUGAUUUCACUUAAAUAAUUUUCAACAACCGAUAGUGAUAAAACAUCAAGAUAAUGGCUGAGGGAGAGGGAGUGACUCAGAGGGAAUGUGAGGGGUGUCAAGUGUGUUGGUAAUGUCGUGAUUGGGGCAGUGAUGCCACAGGUCUGUGUUCACACUGAGCUCUGUACAUUUAUAUGCACCUUUCUGUAGGGAUGUUAGACUGUGUGGAUGGUUUCUUGAAAAUAAAAGUACCCUUAACCAAGGAAAUCAAGAAAUAAUCAAGGCACAUAUUUCAUCUUUAUGAAACUCAGAGAACUCUAUCAUUUCAAUCCACAGUCUCUGAAAGAGAACCGCUGGUGGAAGACUAAGAAACGACUUAGCAAGAGCAUAUCAUAAUGGGAAAGCAACUUAUUUGCCCCCCCCCCCCAAAAAACUGUAAAGGGAUAAAGGGAAGGAAUUGGAGGCCCCAAGUGCCAGGGGAAAACAGGGAUUGGAAGUUCAUGUAAGAAGCAAUUAGACCUAAGGAAUCUACUACAAAACUAUUAGAACUAACACAUUCAGCAAGGUUGCAAGAUACAAAAUCAAAAACCAAGUGUAUUUCUGUACAUUUGCAAUGGACAAUCUAAAAAUGAAAUUAAGAAAACAAUUCCAUUCACAAUAACAUCAACAAGAAUAAAAUACCAGGAAUAAAUUUAACAAAAAGUGUGAAUUUUAUAUUCCUAAAACUACCAAAUAUUGUUGAAAGAUAUUAAAGAUUAAAUUAAUGGAAAAACAUCCCAUGUUCAUGGAUUGGAAGACUUAACAUUAAGAUGCCAAUACUCCCCAAAAUGAUAAUAGAGAUUCAACACAAUCCCCAUCAGAGUCCCAGCUGACUUCUUUAUAGAAAUGGAAAAGCCUAUCCUCAAAUUCACAUGGAAUUGCAAGGGACCCGUAAUAGCCAAUCUUGAAAAAAAUCUUGAAAAAGAAGUACAAAGUUGAAGGACUCACAGUUUCUGAUUCCAAAACUUACUACAAAGCAAUGGUAAUCAAGACAGCGUGGUGCAGGCACGAAGGUAACACACAGAACAAUGACAGUCAUGAAAUGAACCCAUACACCUGUAGUUUUCAACAAGGGUGCCAAGACUACUCAGGAAAGAACAGUCUUUUCAACAAACGGUGCUGGGACAACUGUAUUUCCACAUGCAAAAAAUGACCCUGGACCCUUACAACACAUCGUAAACCAAAUCUAACUCCAAAUGGAUCACAGACCUACAUGGAAGAGCUGAAACCCUAAAACCUUACAGAAAACACAGGGAGGAAUCUUCACAAUGUUAGAUUUGGCAAUGGAUUCCCAGAUAUGGCACCAAAAGCACAAGCAAUAAAAGAAAAAGCAAUAUAAAUUGGACUUCAUCAAAAUUUAAAACUGCUGUUGUGUUUCAACAGACACCAUCGAGAAAGUACAAAAACUUACAGGAGAAAAUAUUUGCAAAUCAUGUGUUUAAUAAAGGACUUGUGUUUAGAAUAUACAAAGAACUCUUAACAACUUGGUAAUUAAAAAGAUCAAUAACCCAGUUAAAAAAUGAGGGAAGAAUCUAAAGAGUAUUUCUCCCAGGAAGAGAAUCUACACGUGGCCGAUACACACGUGAAAAGAUGCUGGGCAUUGGUCACCGGGGAAAUGCGAACCCAAAUCACGAGAUACCGCUCAAUGUCUAACCAAGCAAAAGAGGACGGGGGGGAACCCAAAGUUUUCCUUUUAAUCAGGUCUAAUUUUUUAUCUCCAACCCAGAAUACAAAGUGAUAGGACAACAGAACUGUUCUCUGCCCCGUGGGGAGAGGCUGCCCUGGAGCCCUCCUCCUACCUCUGCAGUCCCCUGGAACUGCGACAGGGCCAGCAGCAGGCAAGUCUCAUUCCUCCUGACGCCUUUCACCUGAGACAUGAGUGUCUCUGAGUAAUCAACUCCUGGUGACUUUGUUUUAUUGUAAGUUUAAUUAUAAUAAGGCAUAAUCACACAGUGUGUACUUUUUUGAAGGGAGGGGAGCUUCCUCCACUCGGUGAAACCAUUUUGAGAGCUGGCUUUGAUGCUGGCUCUGCCCUGAGUGAGCUGCAUGGCCUCAGGCAAGUCACUGCAGUUCCCUGGUCUCAUGUUCCAUCUAUGAAAAGGGGAGAAUUCUUCCUGCCCUCCCCACCCUUCACCAGGUUGUGGGAAGCUCAGAAUGACCUCAGGUGUUAGAUGGUCCUGUGUAAGCUGUGAGGUGCCGAGAGGUAAUGGAGAAUUCAGCUAAGGCCCAGCUACUCUCGGGACUGAGGCUUUUGAGAAUUUGCUUUUCUCUCUUCAGCUGGCAGAAACUCCCCUCCCCAAAUCAUCACCAGAGCUGCUGCAAACCUGUCGGUCUCCCAAAAAUCCGAUUUGAGAGAAGAGACACUUCACCUUAGAUGUCCAGUGGCCUUGGAGAAUAAGCUCAUGCUGGACCUGCUAGUUAUGGGAAACCCUGAGAAAGCCCAGUCCUGCUCACUGCCCCCCAGCACUCAGGGCUGCCUCCACCCACUCUGGCCUCCCGGAAGUCUCCACAGAGCGCACAGGUGAAGGAGUCAGGAGACGCAGCUGAACUCCAAGUACAAACUUUAUUUCUAUUACAAGGAAGUUAAGAAUAACAAUAGUAAAAUAAAAAGAGGGUGUGGGGCUCCGACACAUGGUUUUCAGGGCAAGCCAUGGGGCUAAGGCCUCAGUCCUGCUCAGGGCAGAACCCAGCAUGGCCCUGACUGUGACAGGGAGCUCCCAGCCUUCACCACUAGGGGGCCGUGAAGACAAAGGAGCUGUGCUCCCCACCAGGAACCCAAGGCAGCGGUGCCAAAUGCCAAGGAAGCAGCUUCAAACAAAGCCCCUGGUCCACUCACCUCUAGUUCGACUCGUCUCCAAAAGCCUGGUUUCUAACUUGCAUAUUGCAACUGGCCUGGACACUUUGCCAGAGCUCCUCCCCACAUACCACAGGCCCAAAUUCUAGAGUGGGGAGGGGCAGUAUAAGUGAGAAGUUACCCCAAAGCCCCCACAUUUCAGCUCCCCGAGAGAAGAGACUGCCUUCGCCGGCGGGUACCAGGCUUCCAGAACCCUUGCUACGUCCCACCAGGACCACACAGCACCAAGAAGCAGUGGUGACAGAAUGUCAAAAGAUGGAGCCCUGGUGGGCCGAGAGGACAUAACUGCUGCCAAAGGUGGCAGCUAAAGCUGAAACAUUUUCAACAGCCUCCCCGCUAACCCUCCCUCAAACCCCAAAACUCCCACAGCACAAUCUCAAAAGACACAAAAUGGCCACAACCUAGAAAAAGUUAAAAUCCAAAAAAUCUCUGCCCAAAGAGCCGGGACCUGCACUGCGGCGAGUGCUGCUGUGCAUGGAAGAUAGGAGCCUCGGGAAGGUUCUCGCGACACUGUGACUACUCCUCUUCCUCCUCCACAUCCCCAGCUCCCUGCUGUUUGGGGCUUUUUGCCUGUGGACCAACAGAACACAAACACAUUUUAUGUAGAAUGUGCAAGAGCAGUACAUCUUCCCAUGAGCCCUGAAAAGGUCAGGCUUCUAGAGAAACCUCCUCCUCCAAAGCCAAGAGGAGAGUCCAGGGCCCUUCAGCCGGAACCAGCCUGAUCCCCAGCUCUUUCUCUGACUGCCAGAGCCACACCGGUCCCACCCAGGGUCCUCACUAUGUAUCAUGUGCUGGGUCUCCGCUUACCUUUGCAGUUCUAUUACGGUAGCUGGCGGCUGGGGCGGUGACCCGGGAGUUCCUGCCACCUUCACUCCUACCACUGAAAGAAAAGGAUUAGAAAUAGUUCCUGAGAUGCCCCUGAGCACAGGUUGGAAACUCGUAAGGGAACAGAAGCUGCUGAUGUGGGAACACAAGGCACCACAGGUAAAAGCCACGAUCUUCCUCUCCCCACAGACCUGUCUGACACCAGGCUGGGCCGAAGUGACCUGACCUUUUCCCAUGUCUCCUGCCUGCCCCAAGCUCCGUUCCCAGGCUCCUGACACUCACCUUGCUCCGUAUCUCCCUGCAGGCCCGCGGGGGAAGGAGGGCACAAGGUUCUCUGGGUAGAGGUUUCGAACAGGGUGAAUCACUGAAAUGUGCCCAGGGGCCACGGCCCCAUUAUGGCCAUUGCCAUUCUGUCCCCGGAUGUCCUGGCUGUCAGAGUUGUUGAGCUUCAAGACACGAGGAGGGCUGGGCUGGCACCCAGGCCUGGGGCCUGACAUGGACUUUGACAGUCGGUUAUAGGUAGCCAUCAUAUUGUUAAUGGGUCUGUUGGGGGGCCCAGGGUAGGUGGGCCCUUUAGCCGUUUCCUGCUUGGUGUCAUCCAUGUAGCCAGAAGACAGGUCUCCUAAGAAGAGAAUGAGGGCUUUAGGGGAAAAGCCUGCUCUUGCUAUUGGUGCUGGAUUCGGGGCAGGAGCAAUAGUAUGCUGGACAGAGGAACCCACCCUUCCAGGACAAAGCUGCACACUCCUUACUCGACGCCCCUCCUACAGCCUCCUAACUAUUCAAGCCUCAAGCUGGUGAACAACAGUGUGCAUACAAGCUUUAAAAAUAACUUCUAGUGGGCUUUGUAGUGAUUAGGCUUUUAAGGGCCUGAAAUAAUAAUACAAAUAUGUUUGAGUACCCUAAGCACAUACAGUAAAUCCUGUCAGAAGGCAAACCCCAAUAUUUUCUACUAAAAGGAGAGAGAAAAAAGUAGUAAGAUUGCACUCUGUCAAAGGUGGAAAACUUGCGAGACCUGGAAAAACUAGGCAGUCCCCUGGAGUUCUGGCUCUCACAGGUUUCACUGUAUCAACUAGGAGCAGGGCAAAGGCAGCCAUACUAAGGUCUGCAGAUUAUCUCCAAACAACCCACUAUGUGCACAGAUAGGGGACCUAGAGCUGAAUAAGCACUGACUACCAAGCUUGUCCCAUGACUGAUCCCAAAGCCAUUACCCUUUAAACCCACUCAGCUAUAAGGCCAGCUCAGUCUAAUGUGGACCACAACUACCACAGGAGAAUCCCCCAUGAGACCCUAGUGGCCUCGGCACUUUGGGAUUCAGGUAACCCCCACACAGGAGCAGAUGAGAACUGGUAAGCAGGCUUGAGCCAGCAGUGGACCCGUGGCUGUGGCUGAUACCCUGGUGUCUGACACGCCUCCUGGGCAGCUCUGGUGAGGUUUCUCGAGGCCGGGAAUCCUGUCUGGGAAACCCCUCCAUCACAUGGUGGUUUGCGGUGGCUGGGCGUUGGUCACACUGGUCCUGACAAGAAAACCAGAAUGAGUCCCUCUGGAUUGAGCCACUCGUGGAAGAGGGAACGGCAGUAGAAGAGGAAGGAAGAGCGGGUUCCUUGUCAGGAGGGAGCUGUGAUGGCCUCUGAGAGGAAGGCCCUGGGACUCAGGAAUGGAGCAGUCAUUCCCUCUCUCACCUAAGGCUGUGACAGUGGCACUUUGUGAGCUGCGCAGGGAUGAAGGAAAGGCUUCUGGGUCUUGGGAGCCCAGAAAAGCAUUUUACUUUGGCCACAGAGUAUUUGUGUGGUUGCUUAUUUCACAGUCUCCUCUAGGAGACAAGCAGUUGCUUGCAGAAAUGAAAUGUAUAGUGUUCUGUCAAUAGCUAUAUGGCAUCGACUACGGAAACGACCCUAAAGAGACCUGUAGUGUUAGCUCCCGAGAACAAACAAAACUGGACAGAAAGUGUAUGUGCCACUAAUGGGUUGGAAUUCUAGACUGUAAAACGGAAAAGGACCUCUGAUUGUCCGGUCCAACUUCCUCAUUUACAGAUGUCCCCGGUGAGGGGACAUGACUGUCCAAAACUAGACCCCUUCUAGGCAUCCUAGAAUUCAAAUCUCAAUCGCCAUCACCACAGGAAGAGCCAAAACAAGGAUGCAACCCGUGAUGUCAGGAAAACACCUCUAACCCCCCUGCAAGCCCCCCCAUAAAUGUAGUCCUGGCUCUCAGUCCUCAGCGUAGUGACGUGACAGUUUCAGCCGCCAGAGCACAGCGAAGGCCUCGGUCAGCUCAUACAACAGGCUAUGGCCAGAAGCAAGCAUGUGGAGUCCUGGUCAGGCAGGAAUGUGACUUACAGGCUAAAGAGCAUUCUAGGCUCUGCAAGCCUCAGGUUCACACGGGGUCAAUGUGGGGUCAAGGAAUCUUACCUGGUGAUGAAACAGCACCUCCUCUUCCAGCUGCACCCCACAGAAUUCACAGGGGAUGAUGAUGCUGUCUUCCACAGGGGGUGAAUUGGGCAGGCCCAUCAAAGACUCUAACUGGUUAGCCUGCUGCAGAAACUUCUGGAAGAUGACAUCAGGGUCCUCCACCACUUUGAGGGGAGAGCUGCCCGUACUGAGCGGAGGUAAGGCACAUGAAGGGUUACAGCUUGUCUGUCAUGCAAAAAACAUAGGUUAAAAAAAAAAAUCACAGGUUAAGGAAAAAAACUAUAUUCCUAAAACAUUUUCUAGAGGAAAUCAACAAGUUUUAAUAAUGCUUCAUACUGGGACAGCAGCUAAAAAGGGUUAGGGAGACACAGGACUUUUGGGAAGCAGACAGGUGAGACCCCUAACUUCGCUGUCAAGAGUGUCUCUCAGGAAAGUCUCCUGAAAGUCAUAUCUCAACUAACCCUACAAGUAAGAGACCAGCGUUGUUGGAUGUGCUGAAAAGGCAGAGCAGAGGGCCACACGUAUUCCAGGCAGAGAAAGUAUCUGCAAAAAAGAUCCCUGACCCUCCCGGGGAACUGCAAAUACUUUAGUAUGGCUCCAGUAAAUCAGAACGUGGCUUGUGAUGGUCAGUGGAGGUGGACACAGGUAUGGAGGGAGCACUACUUGUUCUGUGAGGGGACAUGGCGGAGUUCAUGCCCACGGCCACUCACACCAGGGGAAAAGCACACUUGCUACUCCUGUCACAGGCACUGUAUUAACAUAGUUUGCUCAAGACCUCAGGUAGCCUGUAACCCCAACCACGGCCUGCACAUACGCUCUCCUGAAAGCCCUUGAGGAGUGCCCAACGCACCUGGUGGUCAAUCAGCAGUUCUUCUGGGUAGAGCUCCUCACAGAAUUCACAAGGCAACAUGGUCUCGCCGGCCGCACCUAGGUACCAGGCCACACGGUCAGACUCAAAAACAAUCAAAACGGAUCGGACUUCAACCUUUCAUCGCCCUCAUGGGGAUUGAUAUAAAAGUUUGACUUUCUCUGAUAUUCCUUAGAUGUAGCAAUUUGCGGGGCUGUAAAUCCUCCAAGGGAAACCUUCUAAGAGGCAAGCCCUAGGCACAAGCUUCCACAUGGAACAGGGUGUUUGCUUGUCAGCACGUUCCCGAGUGGUAGGAAGUAGGAGUUCACCUGCUGCUCUAAUUAGGGAUGAGACUUCCAUGUGAAACAGCCCGAGGCACUAAUCCAAGAGCUUUCCAUGCAUGUUUUUUAUCCUCAGAGAAAACUUAAGUAGAUUCUACGUUCUACUGGCGGACAAAUCUUAUGAGACAUUCUCCCAGUACAAAACACCCAAAACUGUGGACUAAAAGUAAGUUAAGUCAGUAAAUACAGACUUUUUAAACCCGGGGUUCCCAAAACAGUGAGACUGCUGAAUAAAUGAGGGUCAACAGUGGGAGGAGGUAAGGAAAUGCACCUAUUCAGCCUUGGCUCUCGGUAGAAGGGAGUGAAGUUUCUAUUAAGGCUCAGUAACUACAGCUUGAUUGUUCCAUGGGUUUGAGGCCAGAAUCGACAUUUAUGGUUUUAAUUUUUUUUUACAUCUAUAUUUUUAUAUAAAUUCACAUUUAUGAUUUUAAAAAGCCCAAGGCAAAAACUUAAAUUUACCCCAGUUGGUCAUGAUCCCUGGUGCCUGCUAGAAGCAUACCUAAUCCUCUUAGAGGAUCACAGCAGAAAACGGGACAUUAACACACACGCACACGCACACACGCACACACACAUGCACACGCACACACACACACAGUAGUAAGUCACCAGAAGUGACAGUCAGCAGACACACCAAAAAAAGACUUUAGAUACUGGUAUUUUCAGACACAAAAGUAAGUAUAUUUAACAUGUCUAAACAUGUUAAAGAGGGAAUGAGAUACGACAAAAGAACAAAGCUUUUUGGAAAAAAAAAAAAAAACUAGGCACACUGAAAAAAGAAUCAAAUAGUAUUAGGAAUGAAAAAACAUAAUCACUGAAGUAAAAACCUCCAUGGACAUAUUAAAACAACACAUUAGAAAUAGCUAAGGAGAAAAUCAGUGAACUAGAAGAAAUAAGCCAGAAUGUAGCAAAGAGUGACAAAGAAAUGGAAAAUGUGAAUGAGAAAGAGCCAUGAGGCUAGUGUAGAAUAAAGACACUUACCCUUUAUGUCACUCAGAGCCCUGGGCCCUCCCCGGGACUGGUCUGCCUCACAUACCGCCCUCCAGAAGUCCUGUUCUGCCAUGUGGGGGGCCUGACCCUCGUUCUGAAGACUUAGGGCCAACAUGAAGUCCAAGUUUGCACUAUCUUCACCACCUUCUUUGGGGGGCUGGCGGCUUCUAUUCCUCUCCUGCCUUUCUUGUUCUUCAACUUAAAAAAAAAAAACCAACAACCAACACUCAAGAUACAU